AUGCAACAAAAGCAACCACCAAAGCGACGAUCCACAUUAGCCGAGCUUGGUAUUAGGCCCAUGUCCGCUAUUUCUACCAACAGCAGAGGUCCACCACCUGCUCCAGAACCCACAGCUGCUGUUACUCGUCGUGCAAGCACUGCUAUUUCUACCACCACGACAACCACAAAGCCUACCACCACUACUACUCGUCGAGCAACAAAACCACGUCCCCUUUCUAUGGGUCCUACCACAACCUCUGUUGCUGUGCCACCUUCUCCUACAACUACUACAAAACCACGUUCUGCACGAUCAUCAACAACAGCAACAGCCACCCCAAAGCGACGUUCACUAGUGCCAUCCACACCUGAUGCUUCACCUUCACCUUCUCGGCGAGGAUCUUCAGCAUCCAAUUCAACAAAUAGCCAUAAACGUAUGUCACUACCAGCUACACCAUCGACAUCGACAUCAUCCAUGCUUACACAACAGCUCAAGGAUCUACAAAAAGAGCUUGCGAGAAAGGAGCAGCAGCUUGAAGAAAAGGAGCAACUUAUCAAUGAUUUGCAACAAAUGCAACAUUCGAGCUCGGAAAAGUCAUCAUCAGCCGAUGAGCCUGCAACACCUUUGCUGUCGUCUUCCUCCACGCUCAUCCCGUGUGCCACUGACACUGUUACUACUCCUUUCGAAAUGGAUAAAAUCAAGAGUGAGUAUGAGCAGGAGAUUGAACAAGUGCGAAAACAAUUGCAUGAUAUGGAAGCCAUAAAGGUGAAAGAACAAGCUACACUUGAAGAAGAAAUCUCUCGACGUGUGAGUCUUGAGUUAACAGCACAACAUCAAAAAGCCAUCGAUCAACUCGAACAAGACCAUGAACAAAGACUGCAGGAACAGCUUCAAAAAACAAUGUCUGACUACGAGGAACGGAUGCAACAGCUUGUCAAGGAGCAUGAAGAUGCAUUGGCUGGUGCACAAAAGGUGGCCCAGGAACAGCUGGAUGCAGCUAUUCAAGAAAAGAAAGCCAUUGAAGCCAAGCUUGCAACAUUAGAGACGUCAAAGAGUGCCAUCCAUCUACGUCGCCUUGAAACCAAGUUGAGCGAGAACGAAGCAGCUUUUGAAGAUUACAAGCGGCAAUCACAGCAAAUAACGGACGCCUUAGAACGAAGGUUCAGAGAUGAAAUGCAACAGCUUCAAAGUGGUAGCGAUGAUACAGCCAAUGUAUGGCGCGAGAAGCAUCGUGCUCAGCAGCUGGAGAUUGAUCGUUUGCAGGCUACGAAUCAAGAUCUUGAAUAUAAGCAUGCUGAGGCAAUGGCAGAGCUUGGCAAGAAACAUCAGGAGGAUAUGGAAGCUCUUAUUUACAAGUGCGAGACUCAGGAGGAUGAAAUGGAUCACCAAAUGCAACAAAUACAUACAUUGCUUGCCCAAGUUGAUGACCUUCAAAAUUCACUCGAAGCAGCAACGCGUCGUUUAGAAGAACGUGCAUCAUCUUCUUCACGCAAAGUAUCACUCGAGGAGCCCACUCGUACCGAGAAUCAUAGGAUUUGCGAGGAGAAGAUUCAUUCACAACAACUCGAGUUGGAGGAAUUGCAUCGAAGACUUACCGAGCUCAGAGCAACACACGAAUUACAAAUGAAUCGAUUGGGUAAUGAAAAGGCACGUGAAUUGCAAGAGCUACAAAAAGAGCUUAAAGCUGUACGUGAUCUUCUUGAUAAGACCAAGGCUGAAGGACAAGAGCGAUUUGCAUCACUCGCCGCCCAGCAUAAAAAGGAGAUCCAUAUCAUGCAUGAACAAUACCAAAAAGUGGUCAAUGUCAAGGAUCGUGAAUUGGAGGAUAAUGCAUACCGCAUUAAAGCUUUGGCAUCUGUGAAACAAAACGAGCUUUCGUUUAUGCGUAAAUCAACCAACGAAAAAAUCGAGAGAUUGGAGCAAGAGAUUGAAGGUUAUGAGACACGCAUCAACCAAUUCGAACGACAAACCGAGGAGCUUCAACAAAAGUAUGCUUCAUGUCGUGAUGAAAAUGAUCAAUUGUCAAGCUUGCUUCAUCAGCUUCAAGGAGAAAUGCAAAAGCAUUGA